ACUUGUGACACUGCAAACUUGGCCAAUAAGAUUAGCUAUCUUAGCUUGCCGGGCUAUAAAAUUCUUGCACAAAACACACAAAUGGAGAGGAAAGAGGAGGAGGAGGAGAAUCGAAUAGACAAAAGAAAUGAACCCAGCAGAUAUGUUUACUCAAGUAGGUUCUGUGAUUGCAAGUGUUAUGUUUGCUUGGGCCAUGUUCAAGCAAUAUUGUCCGUAUAGUGUACAAGAAUAUUUUGAUAAAUACUCCAAAAGGGCCUUCACUUUCGUUUACCCUUACAUUCAAAUUAGCUUCAAUGAAUUCACCGGCGAUCGCUUCAUGCGUAGUGAAGCUUACUCUGCCAUUGAGAAUUAUCUUGGUUCUCGUUCAUCUACGCAGGCAAAGCGGCUCAAGGCUGAUGUUGUCAAGAACAGCCAGUCGGUUGUUCUUAGCAUGGAUGAUUAUGAAGAGGUUGGUGAUGAAUUCCAGGGAGUCAAACUUAGGUGGGCUUCAGGGAAACAUAUUUCCAAGACGCAAUCUGUUUCUUUCUAUCCCGUAACGGAUGAGAAGAAGUACUACAAGCUCACUUUCCAUAAGAGACACCGGCAACUCAUCCUCGGGGAUUACUUGAAUCAUGUCUUGAAAGAGGGUAAUGAAAUCAAGGUGAGGAAUCGUCAGAGGAAGCUUUACACUAACAGUGGAUCAUACUGGAGGCAUGUGGUGUUUCAGCAUCCGGCUAGUUUCGAGACGCUUGCAAUGGAGGCAGAGAGGAAGCAGGAAAUCGUUGAUGAUCUUGUCAUAUUCAGCACGGCUGAAGACUUCUAUGCAAGAAUUGGAAGGGCUUGGAAGCGAGGGUAUCUGCUUUUCGGUCCACCAGGGACUGGUAAAUCAACUAUGAUUGCAGCCAUGGCCAAUCUCUUAAACUACGAUAUAUAUGAUCUUGAAUUGACUGCUGUGAAGGAUAACACUGAGUUGAGAAAGCUACUGAUGGAGACAACAACCAGGUCCAUUAUUGUGAUUGAGGAUAUUGAUUGUUCUCUUGACCUAACUGGUCAAAGGAAGAAGAAGAAGGAGGAAGAGGGGGAGAGAGAUGAGAAGGAUCCAAAGCCGAAGCUGCCCAAGGAAGAAGAUAGCAAACAGAGUCAGGUCACUCUUUCUGGGAUUUUGAAUUUUGUUGAUGGACUUUGGUCAGCUUGCAGAGGAGAAAGACUGAUUGUUUUCACGACUAAUUUUGUGGAGAAACUUGAUCCAGCUCUCAUUAGGAAAGGAAGGAUGGACAAGCACAUAGAAUUGUCCUAUUGUAGCUUUGAAGCAUUCCAGGUUUUGGCGAAGAACUACCUUCGGCUUGAAUCACACCACUUGUUUGCCAGAAUCCAGGAGUUGUUGGGGGAAACCAAAAUGACCCCUGCUGAAGUAGCAGAGCAUUUGAUGCCGAAGACUAUUACUGGAGACGCCAAGGUUUGCUUGGAGAGCCUAAUAGGAGCACUCGAGAAGGCGAAAGAGGACGCUAUACUGAAAGCAGAAGAAGAAGCAAAAGAAAAGGAGAAGGAGAGUGCUAGAUUGAAAGCAGAAGAAGAGGCAAAAGAGAAAGAGAAAGAGAAAGCAAAAGCUGAAGAAGAGGCAAAAGAGAAGGAUUCGUCAGCUGCAGAGAAUGCAAAGAAGCAAGUAAAAGAAAAUGGUUUCUGUGAUAAUGGAAAUGGAGAACUGAAUAACAAAGAAAAUAAGCAGGAGGGCUUCAGCCACUAAUGGUCAGCUCUGCAGUAUUUGGGAUUGAAGAAGCUUGGUCUCUUGAGACCGAAUAAUCACAUUUCUAUAAUUUUAAUGACUGUAAAGAUUAUCCCAUCAAUAAUGAUAUCCAAAUCAACAGUCUAGCAUGAUUAAACCACUUCAAGCUUGAUUAAAGAUGUAGUAGUUUACCUUAAUGCUAUCUUUUUAUGGUUAUUUCUUCA